GAAAUUACUAGAUCUUUUUGAACAAGGGAAGUGAUUAAUUGAGAAAUUACUUGUAAAUAAAGGAUUUAAAAUCAAACCAAGUUCACACGUAAAUCAAAGAAAUACUCCAAUCGACAUCUGCUCUGCUCUCUCAAGCCAUCACUGGACAACGUCCUUUUUCUUCUUCCGCAUUUCUCUUAUAAUAAUUAUAAAUAAUUAAAAAAGAAACCAUCUGAUCUGCAAUUAUCCUUUCAAUUCAAUCGAUGAGGAGAAGAUUAGGGCACCACAGGCAGCACGGGAAGCAAGGAGGAGGAGGAGGAUUAUUAGCCAAACUAUCGAUUGCAGUCCUUUUUCUCUUGAUCUGCUCUCUUUCUUUACUCUCCGCUCCAUUUACUCCUAACACUAACGGAUCCACCGCACCAUCUCAGAUAAGUGUAGAAGAACUAUGGAAAAGUGCGAAUUCGGGUGGGUGGAAGCCGUCAUCGGCUCCACGAUCUAAGUGGCCACCUCCUCCAAAGGAGACCAAUGGAUAUCUCCGUGUUCGUUGUAAUGGCGGUUUGAAUCAGCAAAGAAGCGCGAUUUGUAAUGCUGUUCUUGCUGCAAGAAUCAUGAACGCGACACUUGUUUUGCCUGAGUUGGAUGCAAACUCCUUCUGGCAUGAUGACAGUGGAUUUCAUGGCCUCUAUGAUGUUGAGCAUUUUAUCCAGUCACUGAGAUUUGAUGUACAAAUUGUGGAAAGAAUUCCAGAAAUUCAUAAAAAUGGGAAAACCAAGAAGAUUAAAGCUUUUCAGUUGCGCCCCCCUAGAGAUGCUCCCAUUAGUUGGUAUACAAUUGAUGCUCUGAAGAAAAUGAAGGAACAUGGAGCCAUUUAUCUAAGUCCAUUUUCACAUCGUUUAGCUGAAGAAAUUGACAACCCUGAGUAUCAACGGUUAAGGUGCAGGGUUAACUAUCAUGCUUUAAGAUUUAAACCGCAUAUUAUGAAGUUAAGUGAGUCAAUAGUUGAUAAACUACGCGCACAAGGUCACUUCAUGGCUAUACACCUCCGUUUUGAGAUGGACAUGCUGUCAUUUGCUGGGUGCUUUGACAUAUUUACCUCUGCAGAACAAAAAAUAUUGAAAAAGUAUCGGAAGGAAAAUUUUGCUGAUAAAACACUCAUUUAUAAAGAAAGAAGGGCCAUUGGAAAAUGUCCACUAACUCCAGAAGAGGUUGGUCUUAUCUUACGUGCCAUGGGGUUCAACAAUUCCACCAGGAUAUACCUAGCAGCUGGCGAACUGUUUGGUGGAGAGCGGUUUAUGACACCAUUUAGGGCCCUAUUCCCUCGCCUUGAGAAUCACAGUUCUGUUGAUGCCAGUGAGGAACUGGCUACGAACUCUCAGGGAUUGAUAGGAUCUGCUGUGGAUUACAUGGUUUGUCUUCUUGCUGACAUAUUUAUGCCAACUUAUGAUGGACCAAGCAACUUUGCCAACAAUCUCCUGGGUCACCGUCUGUAUUAUGGCUUUCGAACAAAUAUUAGACCUGACAGGAAAGGCCUUGCCCCAGUUUUUAUUGCUCGAGAGAAUGGAAGGACAGCUGGUUUUGAAGAAGCUGUUAGGCAUGUUAUGCUCAAAACAAACUUUGGUGGCCCCCACAAACGGAUCUCACCCGAGUCAUUUUAUACGAAUUCUUGGCCGGAAUGUUUUUGUCAAAUGGAAACACAGAAUCCUGCUCAUAAAUGCCCAUCAGAGAAUGUCAUGCAAAAUUUGCAUAGCCAAUUAGUGAGUGAAAACAUCGACGUGGAACAAUACAACCGAUCAGAUUCAACAAUAUCCUUGGCAGAAAGAUAGGAGCUGUCUUGUAUAUUUUUAGUAGUUAUUUACUUCCCCAGUACUGUACUACAAAUUGGAGCUAGGGGUCCAGCAACUAUAUUGAGUCUUUCAGGAUCUCAGGAUAUCAGAUGAUAGCUGAUUCUUGGUUCCCCUCUUUCCAGAGAUCAGCUUACCAAUCCAUGUAAAAUCUAUUGGAUGCUGCAGGUUCAUGCUACUCAGGUUUAAAUGACAAUGAUUCAUUACAGGGAGGAAGAAGGCACAUUAUCUACAAAUAUACUAGUCAAGUACAUGAAUCUGAUUGAUUUUUGCAGCUUGUAUUCAUUUACACUUGCUAAUACACUGGAAGACGUCUGAUUGAAUGUACAACAUUUUUCUUGCUGUGAGUAAUUACUGGCAAUCUAGCCAUAGCGAA